UGCCCAAAAAUAAUUUUUAAAAAGAAAAAAAGAGGAAAAAACUUGGCAAAAUAGAUUGACACCUUCAAAAAAUAGGAUUUUAUAUGCAGUAUCCCAAAUCUAUGGAUUCCAACCUCUUCAAAAGCUUGGAAGAAGGAGGUGUCUUUUCAUGCUUCUUCUUUGGGGCCAAGUUUGUUAUCUUUUUGCACCAUUUUGUUUUGUUUACUUUGUCUUGGUCUUUCUCUCCAGUUACAUUGUUGUAGUCAUUGUGUAGAUUGUUUUCUUGACUCUGCAUCAGUUCGUGGAAAUCUUUUCAUGCUUCUCUGUAUUCAUCAUGAUUGUUGUUUCUUACAGCACAGCGAUUUUCCAUUGCAUUCGUGUACCACAAUUAUUUUAGCCAUCUCCAGGACAACUUCAUUCUCUGACUUAUAAUCAGGCCCUUAGGAUUUUAUUGCCUCCUAUGAGGUAUCCAAAGCACAGAAGCCAGCCUUGGGGUGGCAAGCAAGGACCAGAUAUUUGUGAUGCUUCAAGAGUAAGAGACAGGCCAGUGUUGUCCACUGUUUCCAGAUGAAGGGUCUUGCCAUUGUACUACUAGAACUUACCACAAUUUGUCACUCCUGAGGCUUUGUGUUCCUCAUCCUCUAUUCUUCCACAUCAUUCAUACUACCCCAUCAUUUCAGUGCAAGUGCCUAAAGAUGAAGUUUCUAGUAAGUUCCUCAUGUUAUCAAGCGUCUGGGUGAAAAAUACUAUGCUAGACAAAGGGGGAGAGCUCACAUUUAGGCAAACGUGUUCUGCCUUUGGAAUUCCAGUAUAGUUGGGGGAUGCAACUGUCAUUUUUUGUCAUUUUUAUUCUUCUAAGAUGAAGAUGUUUUAUGAUUGGAAUUCAGAAACCGCUCGUGAAAUAUUACACAAUAAGCACAUGUUGGAGAGGUGCAGAGUGCUUUCUGUGGUCUGAGGGACUGAAGGUUAUUACCAUCAGAUGAUUGAUGAAGGAUUCUGAAAGCAGGACACCCUCUUUCCAAACCAAAUGUGAUCUUCCAGUUAGAGCAAAGCAAAACGCCAUGGAUGAUGGAGAGAGAAGUGCCAAGAAGCAUUUUUCCAGAUUGGGAGGCCAAGUUUGAGACCAAGGAAACAGUUUCAAAGUCUUAUUUUGCUAUGGAAAAAUUAUUCCAUGAAACUUGUCAUGGUCCCUCGGGUUCUAAUUUGGGGGAAUCCUGGGAAUGUAGUGACACGUUUAAGAGGCAGCAGGGCAGCCAGAAGAGAAAUUUCAGGCAAGUACCAGUUGCCCACAAGAAAACUGAUGAGCCAAGAGGUCCAGAAUAUAAUAACUUUGAGAGAAAUUUAUGUUCAGAACCAAUUCUUAUGACACAACAGCAUACCAGAAAGAGUCUCCCUAAGUCCAGUUCAGAUCACCUUUGUUUUGAACAACAUUCUGACCUAAUUCAACUUGGUCAGAUCACCUCAGGGAAAAAAGCCAGUCAAUACAAUGAAUACAGUAUUACCGUAAGUUACCCCACAGACCUGGUUCAGUGUCAUAGAAUAUUUAAUGGAGAGAAACCCUAUGCAUGUUAUGAACUUGGGAAAACCUUCCACCAGAGAGACUUUACAGAACAUCAGAAAACCCCUACUGUUGAACACCGCCACAUAGAUAAUGAAUGUGGGAAAGCCUUCAGUGAUAACUUAACACUUACUCUGCCUCAGAGAAUUCAUACUGGAGAGAAACUCUGUGACUGUAAUAUAUGUAAGAAAGCCUUGAGUGACAGCUCACCCCUUCCACUACAUCAGAGAAUUCAAAUCGGAGAGAAAUCCUAUAAAUGUCAUGAAUGUGAGAAAUCAUUCAGUCAGUACACAAGCCUUAUUAGACAUCAGAGAAUUCAUACAGGUGAAAAACCAUAUAAAUGUAGUGAAUGUGGAAAAGCCUUCAGUCAGUGCACAAAUUUGAUCCGACAUCAGAGAGUUCAUACUGGAGAAAAACUCUUUAGAUGCCAUGAGUGUGGUAAGACCUUCAGCAACAGUUCGUCCUGUAGUAUACACCAGAGAAUUCAUACUGGAGAGAAACCCUAUGGGUGCAGUGAUUGUGGACAAGCCUUUAAUCAACAGGGAAGCCUUAUCCAACAUCAAAGAAUUCAUACUGGAGAGAAGCCCUUUAAGUGUAAAAAAUGUGGAAAAGCCUUCAGCCAAAAUAUACACCUUACUCAACAUCAGAGACUUCAUACUGGGGAGAAAAUUUAUAAAUGCAGUGAAUGUGGUAAAGCCUUCAGCAACAGCUCGACACUUAUUCUACAUAAUAGAAUUCAUACUGGAGAGAAACCUUAUGAAUGUAAUGAAUGUGGAAAAACCUUUAGCCAGUAUACAACUCUUAUUCAACACCAGAGAAUUCACACGGGAGAGAAACCGUAUAAAUGUAAUGUGUGUGAAAAAACCUUCAGCCAGAGCACAAGCCUUAUUCGUCAUCAGAAAAUUCAUACUGGAGAGAAACUCUGUAUAUGCCAUGAAUGCGGACAAGCCUUCAGUCAGCAGGGAAGUCUUACUAAACAUCAGAGAAUUCAUACUGGAGAAAGACCCUAUAAGUGUAAUGAAUGUGGAAAAGCCUUCACCCAGAGUAUGAACCUUACACGGCAUCAAAGAAUUCACACUGGAGAAAAAUUAUAUAAAUGUAAUGAAUGUGGCAAAGCUUUCAGUAAUGGCUCAUCUCUUACUCAGCAUGAGAGGAUUCAUACUGGAGAGAAACCCUAUAAUUGUAGUGAAUGUGGUAAGGCUUUCAGCAACAGCUCAUCAGUUACUCAACAUGAAAGAAUUCAUACUGGAGAGAAACCCUAUAAGUGUAAUGAAUGUGGGAAAGCCUUUACUCACAGUAUGAAUCUUACUCGACAUCAGAGAACUCAUACUGGAGAGAAACCAUAUCAUUGUAAUGAGUGUGGAAAAUCUUUUAGUCAGAAUAUGAACCUUACACGACAUCAAAGAAUCCAUACUGGUGAGAAACCCUACAAAUGUAAUCAGUGUGACAGAGCCUUCAACCAAAGCACGUCUCUUGCUGAGCAUCAGAAAACACAUAGGAAAGAAUCUGGAAAAUAUAAUAAAUGUAACCAGGCUUUUAGUUGCAGCUGAUAUUAUCAAGGAAUGUAGAUUUUUGUUUUUGAAAAAAGCUUAUCAGUCAUUGUGAAUGUAGGGAAACCUUAUCAAGUAACAGAGGGUUUUUUCUUUUCUUCUUCUUCUUUUUUUUUUUUUGGUGAGGCAGUUGGGGUUAAGUGACUUGCCCAGGGUCACACAGCUAGUAAGUGUCAAGGGUCUGAGGUCAGAUUUGAACUCAGGUCUUCCUGAAUCCAGGGCUGGUGCUCUAUCCAACAGAGGGUUUAUAUUAGUGAAAAGCUAUAAAUGCAAUGAAAGUGAGUUAUGGUUCAGUCCUCAACAAACAACAGAGCCUGAGAGCAGAAUGUCCCUCUGGCUAUGAGCAGAUUCCUUUUCUCACUUUUCCUUUACUGUUUGUAGUGAACCUAUGGUCUUGCAAAUGGGUAUUUCUUCCUUCAGUAUGGAUUGCUGCCCAUCCAUACCCUCUCCUCUUUGGUAAUUUUCAUUCUCAUCAUCCCAUAGAGCCCAUCCCAUGCAGGGAAUCUACCUUGUAUGUUGGAGGCCUUCCUCUGGUUGCUUAUGUUUUAUAAGGUCCUGUGGAGAGUCCAUCUGUUAUCUUGCACAAUCAUCACAUGAGUCUACCCCAAUUUUUGGCCAUAUGUUUCUGCAGUCAUAUCCUGCAUACCAUUCAUUGAGCAGAGCUCAUCACUGAAAAUAUAUUACAGCUUACGGGGACUCACCUUCCAUUUGUUUUGGGUUAUCUAUACUUUUGUUUCCUUGCCAAUGAUGGUAUUCCAGUCUGUGCAACAAUAUGUCAUAUUUGUUCACAAGUUAGGAAACUGCAUGGGAUCAUUGGUAUCAAUACAAAUGUUCCCAAUUGCAUCUGCCCUGAUCUCUAUUUAAUUUUGAGCUCACAUCAUUAUCAUCUAAAAUUUCUGUUCCAGCAAUGUGUUCUGAUGGAGUAAUUCAGUAGACUAACCAUCCAACAUACAUCUGUAUGUCAUAGUCUGGACAGCAGAAAUUUUUCAUUCAUUUUCUUUUUCUAGUAUCAAUUGUUAAUCCAAGCUCUUUAAUAAUUAUGGGUCUUAUCGAGAAGGCCCUGAAAUGUUCAGAUUUUCAGGGGGUGGGGCUGGGGCAGAGAGUGAUGCAAUUAGAUUACACAAUAUCUUCCACAGAUGGGAGUUCUUGUCACAUGGUACCCUCAAGUAAAGUCAAACCAACACGCACUUAGUAAGUACUUCCAACAUACCAGCCACUGUGCCCCAGUGUUGGGGAUAUAAAGAAAGCCCUUCUGUGUGGAACUCUCCUUCCAUCUACAGGAAAUCCCUCCUCCAUUUAUAGCUAGUGCAAGUCAUCCACAAUGACUGGCAAACAUUCAGCCUUCGGCAAGUAGCCAUCUCCUUGUUGAUGCCUUAUAACCUUAAUGAUUGGAGGGCUGUUUCUCAGUCAUCUUUGUGACUGUGUUUGUCAAAGAAUCUUAGAUUAUCUUAAUAUAUGCAUGACAGCCUCCUUUUCAUGGGGGAAGAGUCCUUGAGACUGCGUUUUGCUCUGCCCAGUUAAGGGUUUGUUUGUUUUUUGUUGUUUUGUAAUCAAUGAGCAUAGGCUGGGGGAUCUUAUAUUCUCUGUACCAUUCAGCCAAUGAAUUGUGUAACUAAGAAUGUUGUCUGGUAUAGAGAAUGUUUUGUGUGUGAAAGCCUGUUUGUUACAUUUUAAUUACAAAUAUCUUUGAUAUGCAUGUAGAUCAUUCUUAUAAUUCUAUAAGAAUAAAAAAGUAGGCAUGUGGGUUGGUAGCUAUUGGUGUUCUCUCGUGCCUUUUCUGGGCAUUUAUAGACUAGCAGCUGGGGCUGACAUCAUGACCAUCCAUGUGGUAAGUAUAUGCCACAUGUUCUAGGUUCCCAUUUCCCCCCCUCCCUUCUAGAGAUUGGAAUUCCAUUUAGGGCAGAAAGAGAGGAUUGGCAUAUUUGGAAGUGUCAUUGGCCACUGGUUCUAGAAAAUUCCAACCUUUUUCCUUUAAAUAAAAAAUCCUCUACUGGAAGGGGAGAGGGUCAAUAGGUUACACAGCUUUGUAUUUUUGUCCUAAAUGACAUUAAGGCUUUGGCAUUUGAUAAAACCCACUGUGAACCUAAGAGUCAGGAAAAUGAACAUCCAAGGUGGCUACACAGCUGAGGCUAUUAUUGGAGCUUUCCUCUUCCUUUGUUUUCUUCCAAUAAACUCUUAAUUUUACUGUA